AGCAUGAAUGAGUCCUGUGUCCAGUGAGCAACUCUGUGGAACGUUCUUUGGACUUCAGACCAUGUGGCAAUCAUUCCAGCGAGGUUUUAUCAACUUUACACCUGCUGUAAAUAUCGAUCUGAUUUCCUCAUUCCACAAAGACACGCUGAGGGGAAGAGCCGAGAGCCAGAGCUCUGUGAGGAUCCGACCACGAGCUGAAGUUCUGUGAGGAUCCGACCACGAGCUGAAGUUCGGUGAAGAUGUAUCCGUGAACCUCCAGGUUGCCUGUGGAUACCGUUCUCAUGGAAACCUCCUUGUGAUUUUAGUGCCAUUCUUUCUCAUGGAGAACAUCUCAGGACCAGGUGAUGGAGAAAACAUUACUGAUGUUUCAGAAGCCACUGAUGUGGAACGAGUCCUGGUGCCCAUCCUGGACAGCGUCAUCCUUCUGAGCGGGUUGGUGGGACACGUGCUGGUCAUCAUCAUCAUCUCACGAACAAUAAGAGCAAGAAGUGGAAUCAAUGCUGCUGGAAACCAACAUGCUAACGCUAACGGAAUGGACAUUCUCCUGCUGAGUUUAAGUGUGGCGGAUAUUCUGCUUCUGUCCUGCGUCCCCUAUCACACUGUCGCCAUAGCAACCCGCCACUGGCCCUUCGGAAGCUUCAUGUGCAAAGCGGUCAGCUUCCUGGGAGCCAUGUGCAGCUCAGCUAGUGCCUUCACGCUCGCUGCUCUGGCCUUCAGCCGCUACAUCAUCGUGGUUCACCCGACUAAAGCGUUCCGAUGCCGUAGAAGCAGCUGGUUAAAAAUCCUGGCUGUGGUUCUGUGGAUUCCGGCUGUUGUCUUGGCGAUUCCUCAGUUCACCUGGAGGACACUAAUUUCAGGCACUGAACUGCGUUCAGCCAGACAGGAUUUGAUAUGUUUCAACUUCCUGUCUGACUCGGACCAGCUGGCGUACGGCAUUUUCCACUUUUUACUUGCCUUCCUUCUUCCGCUGGUAGUCAUCACACUAGCGUAUGGUAAGAUCUACCAUUUCCUGCACAAAACCAGACAGAGGCGUGACACUAACCAGACGGCCCGUCUGGAACGCUACCAGACGCAGGUGACCCAGACGUCGCUGCUGCUGGUUCUGGCAUUCGUCCUGUGCUGGCUGCCAUCCUAUGGACUGAUGCUGGUGCAGCUCGGAUAUCGAUCCACGGUGACGGGGCUUCAGCCGAGAUUCGGACCCUUCGCUACGUUCGCUCGCGUCAUGGCCACUUCAUCGACCGUGAUGAACCCUGUCUUGUACGUCUUCAUGUCACAGAAAUUCAGGAUGGAACUGAAGAAACUCGUGAGGAAACGCUGCUGCUAACGUGAACGUCUGAGAGAAACGUCCACACCUCGUUAGUGGAGUAGAAACAGAAAUGUCCUUAUAAACACUCUGUAGCUGGAGUGAAGACUUCACUCGGGUUAUUUUCUGUUUUGUUGCUAUUAACAAAAACUUCAUCAACAGAAGCAGAAACCAGUAUUUAUGAGAACAACAUGGUCCUGUUAUUAAUCUGAACCACAACCACUUCAUUACAGGAACAAUUAGAACUAAACACUUCACUCGCUAAACACUUCAUCUGCUGACGACCUUUAAGUGUUUUUGUUUAAAUUAAUCAGUCAGUCAGUACGUCAGUCCGUCAGUCAUUCAGUCAGUCAGUACGUCAGUCAUUCAGUUCGUCAGUCCGUCAGUAAGUCAGUAUGUCAGUCAUUCAGUCAGUCAGUCAGUCAGUACAUUACUCAGAAUGUCAGUCCGUCAGUAAGUCAGUACGUCAGUCAGUACGUCAGUAAGUCAGUACGUCAGUCAGUACAUCAGUCAGUCAGUCAGUCAGUCAGUCAGUACAUUACUCAGAAUGUCAGUCCGUCAGUAAGUCAGUACGUCAGUCAGUACGUCAGUAAGUCAGUACGUCAGUCAGUACGUCAGUAAGUCAGUACGUCAGUCAGUACGUCAGUAAGUCAGUACGUCAGUCAGUACAUCAGUCAGUCAGUCCGUCAGUAAGUCAGUACAUCAGUCAUUCAGUACGUCAGUAAGUCAGUACGUCAGUAAGUCAGGACAUCAGUCAUUCAGUACGUCAGUAAGUCAGUACGUCAUUCAGUCAGUCAGUCAGUCCGUACGUCAUUCAGUCAGUACAGUCAGUCAGUACGUCAGUCAGUACGUCAGUCAGUAGGUCAGUACGUCCGUCCAUCCAACCAUUUGUCCGUCUGUCCAUGAAACUACCCACUUUUAAACUUUAUAGAAUUUAUUGUUUCUUCCUUACUUUUCUUCUAGUGAAUGUUGUAAUAGUAAUUUUCAGACACGCUCAUGUGACAAAAUCUAAAUAUAGAAAAGUAAACAGUAAAAUCAAUAAAUAAAUGUUUUUUUCAGGGUAAAGCUGGUUUUCUGAGCUUAAGUUCUUCUGAAAAAACUUGGAUGUAGUUCACUGCCUGAAAUCCGAAUAAACUCAUUAUUAUUAUUAUUA